CAACGCGGAGGACUCGCUUGGCAUCGCAGGGAUGCUGCGGCUCCUCUGCUUAUGCCUGCUGUGGCUUGGACUCUUGCUGGUUAGGUUUUCUGGUGAACCGAGCGACAUCAGUAGUGCUAGGAAGCUGUGCGGCAGGUACUUGGUGAAAGAAAUAGAAAACCAAUGUGGCCACGCCAACUGGAGCCAGUUCCGUUCUGAGGAGGAAACCCCUUUCACACGGUUGAUUCCACAGGCCUCGGAGAAGGUCGAAGCUUUCGUCCCUGACCAGCUCGAAAGCCCCCAAACCACUUUUCCGGUCUGGAGUAGAGGCACAAAUCCAGUGUCUACUUCUGCCUCUUUGGAAGAAGCAGUAAACAGUUGGGAAUUGCAGUCAUUACCUGAGUAUCAGUACAAAAAGCCAUACUCACCCCUUGAUAAGACAAGAGAAUUUUCUUCAUCACAUAAUAUCAAUCCGUAUAUUCGUGAGAAUGCAAAAUUUCAGAAGAAAAGUAGAAACAAAAUUAAAACCUUAAGCAAUUUAUUUUGGGGGAAUCAUCCCCAAAGAAAACGCAGAGGAUAUUCAGAAAAGUGUUGUCUUACAGGAUGUACAAGAGAAGAACUUAGUAUUGCAUGUCUUCCAUAUAUUGAUUUUAAAAACUUAAAGGAAGAAAGAUCAUCACUUGUGACUAAGAUAUACUAACCAUCUUAGAAAUUAUACUAACAUAAUAAAAGCUUAAUACAUUUAUCUUACUCUUUUUUUAUUUUUAUUUUUUUUGUAAUUGUGGUUGUAAGUGAUAUACUGUGAACAGUGUCUGAAUAUAUUUGCAAGCA